AGUCUUGGCUCUCCCCUGGGAACUUUUUCAUGCCCAUGGCUGCUUGGAUUUGACCGAGCAGACCGACCGACCAGUGCAUCCACGAGACGAGGGAAACAUCAGCCUUUCGCCUGAUUUAUCUCCUCGCUACAGCUGCGUUGUGGUUCUGGGCUUGGGAUAGCUUGAGAGCGCGAUUCUUUUUCGUCAGUCCGUUACGCUCUGGCAGCCACCCUUUUCGUCGAGAAUUGACGGAUUCUGAUUGCCGUGCCUACUUCCGUCAGGCUACCGUCAAAUCGUGAGCAUUUGCUCCAAUCGCCACUCAUGAAGCUCGCUGACGGCAUGGCAGCGCUGGUCACGGGAGCAGGCUCGGGAAUCGGACGAGCGGCCUCGCAGUUCCUGGCAUCCGAAGGCCUGCGGGUGACCGUUGUCGACUUCUCCGAGGCAGGCGGGGUGGAAACGGUGAGGCUCAUUCGCGAGCAGACGGGCAAGCAGGAUGCUGCAAGAUUCGUCCAGUGUGACGUCAGCAAGCCCUCUGAUCUGGCCCGUGCAUUCGCCGCUCACAUGCAGUGGUGCGGCCGCCUGGAUGUCUGUCUCAACAAUGCCGGCAUCGGGGAGAGGGACUGGUUCCUCAAGGACGCGUCAGCAGACGGCAAGGGCUCCUGGCGCCACGUGCUGGACGUGAAUUUGAGGGCCGUCAUCGACGGCACACGACUCGCGGUACACGCGAUGCAGUCUGGAAAAAGCGCCAAGGGUAGCAGCAGAGGGGUGAUAAUCAACGUGGCAUCCGCAGCAGGGCUGUAUCCCUCCCCCAACGGACCCAUCUAUGCAGCUUCUAAAGCUGGAGUGGUCAUGUUCACACGCUCAUUGGCUCAUCUCGCUGGCAGUGGCAUUCGCAUCAACGCCCUCUGCCCUGAGUUCAUCGAAACCCCCCUGGUGACGCAGAUCACAGGGCAGGCGGCCAAGCACCUUCCCAAGGUGGUCAGCUCGCUGGGAGGUUUCAUCCCCAUGCAAACGAUUGUUGACGGCAUAGCUGAGCUGAUAGAGGAUGAGGAGCGGGCAGGGGACUGCAUGUGGAUCACCAACCGGCUGGGCAAGCAGUGGUGGCCAACUGAGGAGGAGAAGAGGCGGUACCUGGUGGCAGGCACACCCGGGGGAGGGGACAGCCGAGGGGAUGACAACAAGGGGGUUGACAGCAAAAGGGGAGCUAGUAGGAGUGAUGCAAGAGUGGGUGGAGCAUUGGCGUUGGGUGCCAUGCCACGUGGACAGAGGGAUUCUGGUUUGGGAGGAGCAGGAGGUGUUGCUUCUGGGAAGCAUCAUUUGGGUGUGGCGAGUGGUCUGCCUUUGACUUUCCGCAAGAUUGUGGUGCAGCGCCUGUCGUCGGACUUCAGGCAGGCAACCAGCAUCAUUGAGGCGCCCCUGCCGUUGCCUGUGCCGGCAGGGAAGGUGCUGCUGCGUGUGCGAUAUGCUGGGGUCAACGCCAGCGAUGUCAAUUACACAGCCGGCCGUUAUGCAGCAAGCCAAGCAGAAGCAUCGCGGCAGCUUCCCUUUGACGCAGGGUUCGAGGCAGUGGGGGAGAUAGUCGCCUUGGCAGACAACGUCGCACCUAGAACACAUCCCAGCAACAAGGGAGGGCUGGCAAUAGGCCAGGCAGCAGCAGCGCUAGCGUAUGGGGCAUUCGGAGAGUAUAUGCUGGUGGAUGCGCGAUGGGUCAUCCCCGUGCCUGAGUGCUCCCCUCAAAUGGUGGCUCUGUUGACCAGUGGGCUCACUGCUUCCAUAGCUCUUACAGAGUCUGGUCGCAUGGGCAGCGGUGAGACGGUGCUGGUGACAGCAGCAGCAGGGGGGACGGGCCAGUUUGCUGUCCAGCUGGCGAAGCUAGCAGGCAACAGGGUGGUUGCGACAUGCGGCAGUGAGAGCAAGGCAGCAGUGCUGAGGAGGCUGGGGGCGGAUGUGGUGGUUAACCACCGGACAGAGAAGGAUAUGGCUAGGGCAUUGAGGCAGGCAUGUGGGUCGCAGGGAGCAGCGGUGGUGUUCGAGUCGGUGGGGGGCGAUAUGUUUGCUGCAGCUCUGAAGGCGCUUGGCCGAUUCGGGCGGUUGAUUGUGAUCGGCAUGAUGUCUCAGUACACGGCCGGGCAGGAAGGCGAGUGGGUCAGCAAGGCCUAUCCCGGUCUGUGUGAGCGGCUGCUGUCCAACUCGCAGACGCUGGUUGGGUUUUUCCUGCUGCACUACCCGCAGCUGUGGCGCUCUCACUUCACCAAGCUCGUCAACCUGUACCAAGCAGGCGUCUUGAAGGUGGCACUGGACCCCUCCCCUUUCAGGGGCCUGCCUGCAGUGACGUCAGCAGUGGAGCACCUGCAGGCUGGGAGCAGCGUGGGCAAGGUUGUGGUCGAGAUCAGUCCACAUGGAAAGAUUUUGCAGUCCGCCCGCCUGUGAGAUGAGCUAGUGAUGUAUACCUGAGAAAACAUCUGUUGCGAUGUUCCAUACAUGGUACAGCCUUGAUGUUGGUCCUAUGUCAUAUUUUGAAGGAAGAAAUGAAGCAUGGGUUU